AUGCUCCAACAAUACCGGCGCCCCUGCGCCAAGGUCUCGCAAAUGCUGAGCAAACAAACUGGCCUUAUGGUCGCGCCAAUUGUCAAGUAUCCGUUCCCAAACUCAACAUUCCCCGGUAUUGCCGGAUUGGAUUUCGACCUCGCCCCCUGCAUUCCCUCCACGCCGGGCAUUCCUCCCCUCGAACAUUGGUGGGAGAAAGUACCGAAGGUUCUUUCAUCUCCUAUGAUGUAUGAGUCGCAUUGA